UGCGCAGGCGCAGUGGGGGAGUAUUGAGGUGGGGGUAGCAGUCGCGUAUCAAGUUGCGCACUGUCCGGAUAGAGAAAACCCGAGCGUUGAGGGUCCGGACUCCAACCUGCUCCCCGCUACAUCCAUUGAAGGAGAAAAGUUUAUGAAUUGGGUCCCCAAGUUUUGGGGGACCCGUGCUUACUGCGCUGGGGGACAGAGGAGGUGAGUAGGAGCGGUUCCACCAGCUUUCCCUAUGGAUCCCACCCAGCCUGCAGAGGACCUCAUUCUGACCCAGCAGUCUCCCACCCCAGAACUUGGAGACCCUGAAGACCAUGGUAUUGAAACCCCGGAUGGCUCAGACACUGUAGUCCUUAGCCUCUUCCCCUGCACCCCAGAGCCUGAAGCAGAUGCCAGUGUCUGUUCACUACAGGGCAGCUCCCUGAAGCACUCUACGACCCUCACUAACCGGCAGCGAGGGAAUGAGGUCUCGGCCCUGCCAGCCACCCUAGACUCCCUGUCCAUCCACCAGCUUGCUGCCCAGGGGGAGCUGAGCCAACUGAAGGAACACCUGAGGAAAGGUGACAACCUCAUCAACAAGCCGGAUGAGCGUGGCUUCACUCCCCUCAUCUGGGCUUCUGCCUUUGGAGAGAUCGAGACCGUCCGCUUCUUGCUCGAGUGGGGUGCCGACCCCCACAUCCUUGCCAAGGAGCGGGAGAGCGCCCUGUCGCUGGCCAGCAUGGGUGGCUACACGGACAUUGUGGGGCUGUUGCUGGAGCGUGACGUGGACAUCAACAUCUAUGACUGGAAUGGAGGGACACCACUGCUGUACGCUGUGCGUGGGAACCACGUGAAGUGUGUUGAGGCCUUGUUGGCCCGGGGUGCUGAUCUCACCACUGAGGCAGACUCUGGCUACACCCCUAUGGACCUCGCCGUGGCUCUGGGAUACCGGAAAGAUGCUGGCAGCAAGUGUGUUCAUGUUAGCAGACAUGGAGCACCACUGUGUCCCUGGCCCGAGCACAUCCUGGCUCUCGGUGCUGUUACCUGAGAGGAUAGACAUACCAGUGCAUACCAGUAACCAGAGCCAUGAGGGGGAGCAUAAGCACCGAGAAGCCCAAAGGAGGCCCCAACCCAGCCUUGAUGGGCAUCUGUCUUAAUGUACCUUAGUCCAUUUUCUUUUGCUAUAACAGAAUAUCGGAGACUGGGUAAUAUAUAAUAUAAAGAAAAGAGACUUAUUCUGGCUCAUGGAUCUGGAGGUUGGAAAACCCAAGAUUGGGUGCCCUCAUCUGGUGAGGGCCUCAUAUUGCUGCGCCUCAGUGGAAAGUAGAAGGGCAGCGUGUGUGUGUGUGUGUGUGUGUGUGUGUGUGUGUGUGUGUGUAUAUGAAACAAAACAUGAAGGGCAGCCUUGCUUUAAAAUUUAAAACAACCUGUUCUCACAGUAAACAACCCAGACCCAUGAUAGUGAGAAAGGCAUUGAUCCAUUCAUGAAGGUUCUGCCCCCACAACCCAAAUACCUCCUAGUAGGCCCCACCUCCCAACACCGCUGCAUUGGGACCAAGCCUCAAGGUGUAUUUACUAGAGACAGCAGAUCCCAAGUUUCAGCUUAUGCACACCUGCCUGUGCAUGUGGGUGCGCUUGUGCACACAGGCCACACACCAGACAGCAAGGUGGUCAGGGUGGGCUUCUGGGGGGCUUUAGAAGGACUGCACUGUGUCCAAAUAAGUGAAGGAUACAGAAGCUUACCAGGGCCAGAACACCAAGAGGGAACUGGGCUGGGCCACAGUGCAUGGGGCCAUGGAGCCCGAUCCUGUCCAUGGCAGGAGGUAGGUAUGAGCAGGGGCCAUAAGCAAACCCAAGUUUGACAUGGGAACAUCCUGACCACCCAUCCUCUUGGUUGGUGGAGGAUGGGCUCAGGAAAUAUCCUACCUCCCUUUGGAGAGUUUUAUUCUAUGAGACGGAAAUCAUCCCUCACAGACCCUAUAUUAAUAUUUUCAUAAAAACCACACUCACCCAUUUUGUUUGGUAAGAAGUCUUUUAUAACUCCAAAAGGCUCAAGAAAUGCAUUACAAGGCGAGCCUGGGCAACUUAGUGAGACCCUGUCUCAAAAAUAAGAAGGGAUGGGGCUAUAGCUCAGAGUGCCCCUGGGUCUGAUUCCUGGUACCACAAGGGGGCAGGGAACGAAUUUCUAAGGCCAAGAGUGGUAGAGCACUUGCCUGUCCCGUGAGGCCCCAGCACUAAAGAAAGAAAGAGAAGGGAGGAAGGAAGAAAGGAAGGGAAUUUUUACAAACUCAGGGGAAGCUGAGGUUUCUGGGAGGGGCACGGAUCCUGUUGUCUGUAUAGGGGGUCUUCCAUCCAGGCCCCAGUGCUGUAAAGCCCUGGUUCAUCCCUAGGGCAACGGUGCAGGUAGGGAUGGUGCCUGUUGACUCUGCAGCUUCCUUUCCAAUGGCUGCCUUUUCCCCACCUGUCUCCAGUGCAACAGGUAAUCGAGAACCACAUCCUCAAACUGUUCCACAGCAACCUGGGGCCCACUGACCCGGAGUGAAGGCUGCCUGGUGGGGAUGCAGACACUCAGGGAACCAAAUGGUCGGCCCAGAGCUGGGAGGACCCAGAACUGGCUUCAAAGGCAGCUCCUGGACAGGCAGUGGGAGGGGACCCUUCCCAAGAGGAACCAAUAAACCUUCUGUGCAGAAA